CUGUGCUCAGCCAAGAGCAGCAGCCACACAGAAAAAAAGUUUAAAUCAACUCAGCGCAGAGGAGGGAGGGAGAGACGGGGGAAGAAAACGCCCUGGAAACUUGGUUGGUCGAGUAAUAGGAAAAGAGUGACAGAAUCCUAACAAACUGCGAAGUUGUGACUGGAAGAAGUGCUUUUCUUGGGCUGGGGAGAAGGGGACAGGACACGUUUUCAAGGAUGCUCAAGCUGAUCUGAGGCUUCUUGGGCGCUCAGACUGCGCACAGAAGCCAAGUAUACAAGAACCACAGCAUCAGACUGAAGGCCUUUGCCUUGCUUGAGCAAUCCAAGGAAAACCAAGAUAGAGUUUCCAAGACAGCAGGGCUUAAAUAGAGUAAAGCAAAAAUAAGAUGGCUAAAGAGGAGGAAACCAGAGAGGUUCUCUUUCCAGAUUGGGAGGGUCCAGACAAAACUGGCUUGACCAUUGAACAGAGUGGAGGAGAGAUCUUUGUUAAGGAAGUAAAAGGAGAGUCACCUGCAGCACGAUCUGGAAAAGUAUAUGAAGGUGACCAGAUUGUGGGUGCCACUGUCUACUUUGAUAACAUGAGCUCAGAAGAAACAGCUGAGCUACUGAAGACAUUGAACCGCCACAAGGUUGGACUGAAACUACAAAACAAAGGAGACAAAUCCCCUUGCUGCUCGCCCUUUAGCACACCAUGUCGUUCACCAAUCGGCACCCUGACAUGGGAAGGGAAGACCCGGUUUGGAGGUUCCAGUCCAGACAUCGUCCUUAGUGGGGAGGAUGAGGACUAUAAGAGAAUAUACAAAAAAAAGAUUAAACCAAGGCUGAAGUCUGAAGACCUUGCAGAGGGAGUAGAUGUUCGCACAGAGCGGCAUAGCAGCACAAGCAGCGAUGGCAGCACAAUUACUACCAUCACCCGCCGCAUCACUACCUACACCGUGGAUAUGCCCGGUGGCAUAAGUGAGCAACUUGAACUGUCAGGUCCAGAGUUCAGGGGCCUAAGGCACGAAUCUGGAGAUGGCUCUCCUCAUAUCAGAAUCUCACAUGGCAGCCCUUCAGGUAAAGUGGGAGCAGAAGGGAGUUUUGAGUCAAGCAAUGUCUCUUACACUGGGCCCCAAGUUAGCUCCACAGAGACACGCUGGGGCAGUGGGGGAGUUCAGACCACAACAACUACAAGAGAGAUAGAAGGUCUCAGAUUGAAAGGGCCUAACUUUGGAGUAACAGGAGGUAAAGAACAGAGAGGCUUUGAGAUCUCAAGAGGAAGUGGAGAGCAAGGUGAUGGAAUCAUUCAGGUGUCAGGAACAAGCACGACACUAAGAGACAGCACAAACACUGGUAGUAGGCAUGUUACAAUAGGAGAGUUGGGAGGUGCAGAGAUAACCUCAACUGAUGAGAACAGAGGGUCAAUUAGUCUGUCUUUACCAGGAGAAAGCAUGCAUAUUUUGACUUCAUCCAUGAAAAAAACACAGGAGGGAAGUGUUGACACCAGUUUAGGGGAAAGGACAAAAGUGAAGGUAUCUGAAACUACCAUCAGUUCCUCGCAGGAAAAGGGAUCAGGCAGUAAUGAUAUUCCGAAUGUCAUACUUGGUGGAUGUUCCAUAGGUAUUGAUACUGAAUCGAGAAGUGGCAGGAUAGGAGGAUCAGCAAAAACAGUAGGCAAUGUUACCUCAGGAUAUACCUCGGGGCCAGGCAAGAUUUCAGUGGCAGGUGUGGAUGUCAACCUUACAGGUUCCACGUUGAAAGGUGAGGUUGAUGUCAACCUGCCAAGCACAAAGGGAGGAAUAAAAGCAUCUGGAAUAGACACUGACGUUCCAGGCUAUGAAAAUGAGGGCACUGUGAGUGGCAUAAAAACAAUCAAGAUGCCUGUGUUUGGAAUGAAAGGAAACAAGAAAGAUGGAACUAGUGUUGAAGUUAAACUUGGUGAUGCAGGUAUGUCAGUACCUGUGACAGAACUAGACAUCAAAGGGAAAGAUAAGCAGAUCAGAGGUCCUAACAUUGAAGGACCACCUGUCAAUGUAAAACUUCCAGAGGCUGACUUCAAAGCACCUGAAAUCAAUUCUAGCAUUCAAACUAAAGUACCAAAGAGUGAUAGCAAAUACAAAAUGAAAGUAUCUGAGGUUAAAAUUCCAUCUUUAUCUGGUCCAGAUAUAGAUGUAAACUUGAAGGGUUCCAAGGUAGAGGGAAAUAUUGAUGUAACAGUGUCAAAGACGGAGGGAGAAGUUAAGGCACCUAAAAUAGACAUUAAAGGUCCAGCUAUAAAUAUUGAGGGGAAAGGAGAUUUAAAAAUGCCUCAGAUAAAGAUACCAUCAUUUGGGGCCAAGGGACCAAAAGUUGAUGUAAACGCUUCUGGGGUUGACAUUAAAACACCAAAGGUUGAUGGUGGGGACUCUAAUGCAAAAAUGGAAGGAGUGACAAUCAAGUUGCCAUCCAAAACAGGUCCCACAAUUCCAGAAUGGGAUAUCAAUCUGAAAGGAAGUCAGGUGAAGGGAGAUGUGGAUGUGUCAGUUCCAAAAAUUGAAGGACACACAACAAAACCUGAAGUUGAGAUCAAAGGACCAGAAGUAGAUAUUGAAAGGCCUAAAGGUGGCUAUAAGAUGCCUGGAAUCAAAAUUAAAUCGUUUGGCUUAACAGAUCCUAAGGUGGAAGCUCCAGAUGUUGAUAUAAAAGUUACCAAACCUGAAAUUGACAUUAAGGCACCUGAGGUCGACAUUAAAGCAUCCAAAGUUAAUGUUGAAACCCCAGAUGUGGACAUAAAAUCUCCGAAAUUGGAUAUUGACAUUGAGGGACCAAAAGAUGGAUUCAACCGGUCUAAAUUUACAAAGCCAUCAAUUAACCUGAAAGAUCCGAAAGUUGAAGGGGAUUUGGCUGUGUCAGUACCAAAGAUUAAAGGAGAUAUGACAGUACCUGAUGUUGAAUUCAAAGGUCCAGAGGUCAAUAUUGAGGGGCCAAAGGGUGAAUUUGAAAUGCCUAAAAUCAAAAUCCCAUCAUUUGGCAUCAAAGGUCCAAAGGCUGAAGGCCCAUAUGUUGAUAUUAACCUCUCAAAGGCUGACAUUGAUGUAAAAGCCCCUGAUGUUGAAAUUCCAGGGCCAGGAGUUGACAUUGAAGGACUGAAUACAUCACUCAAAGGAUCCAAAUUCAACAUGCCAACCAUAUCAGGACCGAAAAUCUCCAGGCCAAAUGUGGAUGUGUCCGGUCCAAAGAUAAAAGGAGACAAAAAAACACCUGAAGUUGACAUCAAAGGUCCAAAGGUUGAAAAGCCAACGGGUGGAUUUGACAUCCCUAAAAUCAAAAUGCCAUCAAUUGGCAUCAAAGGUCCAAACAUAGAGGGUCCAGAUGUAGAUAUAAAUCUUCCCAAAACAAACACUGAUGUGAAAGCACCUGGAGUUGACAUCAAAGGUCCAGAGUUUGAUAUCAAAGGGCCUAAAGGUGGAUUUGACAUGCCUAAAAUCAAAAUGCCAUCAAUGUCAGGACCCAAAAUGCCAGAUCUGGAUAUGAGUCUGAGUGGGCCCAAAGUAAAGGGAGAUGUUGAUGUGUCAGUUCCAAAGAUUGAGGGUGACAUAAAAGCUCCAAAGAUUGAUAUCGAAGGACCAGAUGUUGACAUUGAUGGCCACAAAGGAGGAUUCAAAAUGCCUAAAAUCAAAAUGCCAUCAUUGGACAUUAAAGGUCCAAAAAUGGAGGGUCCAGAUGUUAACAUAAACCUACCCAAAGCUAACAUUGAUGUGAAAGCACCUGAAGUUGACAUCAAAGGUCCAGAGUUGGAUGUCAAAGGGUCUAAAGGUGGAUUUGACAUGCCCAAAAUUAAAAUGCCAUCAGGACCCAAACUGCCAGAUGUGGAUUUACAUCUGAAAGGGCCCAAAAUAAAGGGAGAUGUUGAUGUGUCAGUUCCAAAGAUUGAGGGUGACAUAAAAGCUCCCAAGGUUGAUAUUAAAGGACCAGAUACUGACAUUGAUGGCCACAAAGGAGGAUUCAAAAUGCCUAAAAUCAAAAUGCCAUCAUUGAACAUUAAAGGUCCAAACAUGGAGGGUGCAGAUGUUGAUAUAAAUCUUCCCAAAGCUAACAUUGAUGUGAAAGCCCCUGACUUGGACAUCAAAGGUCCAGAGUUUGAUAUGAAAAGGCCAAAGGGUGGAUUUGACAUGCCAAAAAUCAAAAUGCCAUCAAUAUCAGGACCCAAACAGCCAGAUUUGGACAUAAGUCUGAGUGGGCCCAAAAUAAAGGGAGAUGUUGAUGUGUCAGUUCCAAAGAUUGAGGGUGAGAUAAAAGCUCCCAAAGUCGAAAUCGAAGGACCAGAUAUUGACAUCGAAGGCAACAAAGGAGGAUUCAAAAUGCCUAAAUUUAAAAUGCCAUCCUUCGGACUGAGAGGUCCAAAUGUAGAAGGGCCAGAAGUUGAUGUCAGCCUACCAAAAGCUGAUAUUGAUAUUAAAGAACCUGAGUUGGAUAUCAAAGGACCAGAGAUUGAAACUAAGGGUCCAAGUGGUAAAAUCAAAGGACCCAAAUUCAGCCUGCCAAGCAUUUCAGGACCGAACCUUUCCAUGCCAGAUGUGGAUUUACAUCUUAAAGGGCCCAAAAUAAAGGGAGAUGUUGAUGUGUCAGUUCCAAAGAUUGAGGCUGAAAUAAAAGCUCCCAAGGUUGAUAUCGAAGGACCAGCUGUUGACAUUGAUGGCCACAAAGGAGGAUUCAAAAUGCCUAAAGUCAAAAUGCCAUCAAUGAACAUUAAAGGUCCAAAAAUGGAAGGUCCAGAUGUUGAUAUAAACCUUCCCAAAGCUAACGUUGAUGUGAAAGCCCCUGAAGUGGACAUCAAAGGUCCAGAGUUUGAUAUCAAGGGGCCAAAGGGUGGAUUUGACAUGCCUAAAAUCAAAAUGCCAUCAUUUGGCAUCAAAGGUCCAAACAUGGAGGGUCCAGAUGUUGAUAUAAACCUGCCCAAAGCUAACAUUGAUGUGAAAGCACCUGAUGUUGACAUCAAAGGUCCAGAGUUGGAUAUCAAAGGGCCAAAAGGUGGAUUUGACAUGCCUAAAAUCAAAAUGCCAUCAAUAUCAGGACCCAAACUGCCAGAUGUGGAUUUACAUCUUAAAGGGCCCAAAAUAAAGGGAGAUGUUGAUGUGUCAGUUCCAAAGAUUGAGGGUGACAUAAAAGCUCCCAAGGUUGAUAUUGAAGGACCAGAUAUUGACAUUGAGGGCAACAAAGGAGGAUUCAAAAUGCCUAAAUUUAAAAUGCCAUCCUUCGGACUGAGAGGUCCAAAUGUAGAAGGACCAGAAGUUGAUGUCAGCCUCCCAAAAGCUGAUAUUGAUAUUAAAGAACCUGAUUUGGAUAUCAAAGGACCAGAGAUUGAAACUAAGGGUCCAAGUGGUAAAAUCAAAGGACCCAAAUUCAGCCUGCCAAGCAUUUCAGGACCGAACCUUUCCAUGCCAGAUGUGGAUUUACAUCUUAAAGGGCCCAAAAUAAAGGGAGAUGUUGAUGUGUCAGUUCCAAAGAUUGAGGCUGAAAUAAAAGCUCCCAAGGUUGAUAUCGAAGGACCAGCUGUUGACAUUGAUGGCCACAAAGGAGGAUUCAAAAUGCCUAAAGUCAAAAUGCCAUCAAUGAACAUUAAAGGUCCAAAAAUGGAAGGUCCAGAUGUUGAUAUAAACCUUCCCAAAGCUAACGUUGAUGUGAAAGCCCCUGAAGUGGACAUCAAAGGUCCAGAGUUUGAUAUCAAGGGGCCAAAGGGUGGAUUUGACAUGCCUAAAAUCAAAAUGCCAUCAUUUGGCAUCAAAGGUCCAAACAUGGAGGGUCCAGAUGUUGAUAUAAACCUGCCCAAAGCUAACAUUGAUGUGAAAGCACCUGAUGUUGACAUCAAAGGUCCAGAGUUGGAUAUCAAAGGGCCAAAAGGUGGAUUUGACAUGCCUAAAAUCAAAAUGCCAUCAAUAUCAGGACCCAAACUGCCAGAUGUGGAUUUACAUCUUAAAGGGCCCAAAAUAAAGGGAGAUGUUGAUGUGUCAGUUCCAAAGAUUGAGGGUGACAUAAAAGCUCCCAAGGUUGAUAUUGAAGGACCAGAUAUUGACAUUGAGGGCAACAAAGGAGGAUUCAAAAUGCCUAAAUUUAAAAUGCCAUCCUUCGGACUGAGAGGUCCAAAUGUAGAAGGACCAGAAGUUGAUGUCAGCCUCCCAAAAGCUGAUAUUGAUAUUAAAGAACCUGAGUUGGAUAUCAAAGGACCAGAGAUUGAAACUAAGGGUCCAAGUGGUAAAAUCAAAGGACCCAAAUUCAGCCUGCCAAGCAUUUCAGGACCGAACCUUUCCAUGCCAGAUGUGGAUUUACAUCUUAAAGGGCCCAAAAUAAAGGGAGAUGUUGAUGUGUCAGUUCCAAAGAUUGAGGGUGAAAUAAAAGCUCCCAAGGUUGAUAUCGAAGGACCAGCUGUUGAUAUUGAAGGACCCGAUGUCGACAUUGAGGGCCACAAAGGAGGAUUCAAAAUGCCUAAAUUUAAAAUGCCAUCCUUUGGGCUGAAAGGUACAAACGUUGAAGGGUCAGAAGUUGAUGUCAGCAUCCCAAAAGCUGAUAUUGAUAUUAAAGCCCCUGAGUUGGAUGUCAAAGGACCAGAGUUUGACACUAAGAGUCCAAGUGGUAAAAUCAAAGGACCCAAAUUCAGCCUGCCAAGCAUUUCAGGACCGAACCUUUCCAUGCCAGGUGUGGAUUUAAAUCUUAAAGGGCCCAAAAUAAAGGGAGAUGUUGAUGUCUCAGUUCCAAAGAUUGAGGGUGACAUAAAAGCUCCCAAGGUUGAAAUCGAAGGACCCAAUAUUGAAAUCGAGGCACCUGAAGUUGACAUCAAAGGUCCAGAGUUUGAUAUCAAAGGGCCAAAGGGUGGAUUUGACAUGCCUAAAAUCAAAAUGCCAUCAUUUGGCAUGAAAGGUCCAAACAUGGAGGGUCCAGAUGUUGAUAUAAACCUUCCCAAAGCUAACAUUGAUGUGAAAGCCCCUGAUGUUGACAUUAAAGGACCAGAUUUGAACAUUGAGAGUCCAAGUGGUAAAAUCAAAGGAGCCAAAUUCAGCAUGCCAAGCAUUUCAGGACCCAAACUUAGUAUGCCAGAUGUUGAUUUCGGCCUGAAAGGGCCCAAAAUAAAGGGAGAUGUUGAUGUGUCAGUUCCAAAGAUUGAGGGUGACAUAAAAGCUCCCAAGGUUGAUAUCAAAGGACCAGCUAACAUUGAUGUGAAAGCCCCUGAAGUGGACAUCAAAGGUCCAAAGAUGGAUAUCAAAGGGCCUAAAGGUGGAUUUGAUAUGCCUAAAAUCAAAAUGCCAUCAAUAUCAGGACCCAAACUGCCAGAUUUGGAUAUGAGUCUGAGUGGGCCCAAAAUAAAGAGAGAUGUUGAUGUGUCAGUUCCAAAGAUUGAGGGUGAGAUAAAAGCUCCCAAGGUCGAAAUUGAAGGACCAGAUAUUGACAUGGAGGGCCACAAAGGAGGAUUCAAAAUGCCUAAAUUUAAAAUGCCAUCCUUUGGGCUCAAAGGUCCAAAUGUUGAAGGGCCAGAAGUUGAUGUCAGCAUCCCAAAAGCUGAUAUUGAUAUUAAAGCCCCUGAGUUGGAUAUCAAAGGACCAGAUUUGAACAUUGAGAGUCCAAGUGGUAAAAUCAAAGGACCCAAAUUCAGCAUGCCAAGCAUUUCAGGACCAAAACUUAGUAUGCCAGAUGUGGAUUUCGGCAUGAAAGGACCCAAAAUAAAGGGAGAUGUUGAUGUGUCAGUUCCAAAGAUUGAGGGUGACAUAAAAGCUCCCAAGGUUGAUAUUGAAGGACCAGAUGUUGACAUCGAGGGCCACAAAGGAGGAUUCAAAAUGCCUAAAAUGACAAUGCCAUCGUGGAACAUUAAAGGUCCUAAAAUGGAGGGUCCAGAUGUUGAUAUAAAUCUUCCCAAAGCUAACAUUGAUGUGAAAGCACCUGAAGUUGACAUCAAAGGUCCAGAGUUUGAUGUCAAAGGGCCAAAAGGUGGAUUUGACAUGCCUAAAAUCAAAAUGCCAUCAUUUGGCAUCAAAGGUCCAAAUGUGGAGGGUCCAGAUGUUGAUAUAAACCUGCCCAAAGCUAACAUUGAUGUGAAAGCCCCUGAUGUUGACAUUAAAGGACCAGAUUUGAACAUUGAGAGUCCAAGUGGUAAAAUCAAAGGACCCAAAUUCAGCAUGCCAAGCAUUUCAGGACCAAAACUUAGUAUGCCAGAUGUGGAUUUCGGCAUGAAAGGACCCAAAAUAAAGGGAGAUGUCGAUGUGUCAGUUCCAAAGAUUGAGGGUGAAAUAAAAGCUCCCAAGGUUGAUAUCGAAGGACCAGAUGUUGACAUUGAGGGCCACAAAGGAGGAUUCAAAAUGCCUAAAAUGACAAUGCCAUCAUGGAACAUUAAAGGUCCUAAAAUGGAGGGUCCAGAUGUUGAUAUAAACCUUCCCAAAGCUAACAUCGAUGUGAAAGCACCUGAUGUUGACGUCAAAGGUCCAGAGCUUGAUAUCAAAGGGCCAAAGGGUGGAUUUGACAUGCCUAAAAUCAAAAUGCCAUCAUUUGGCAUCAAAGGUCCAAAUGUGGAGGGUCCAGAUGUUGAUAUAAACCUGCCCAAAGCUAACAUUGAUGUGAAAGCUCCCAACGUUGACAUCAAAGGACCAGAUUUUAACAUUGAGAGUCCAAGUGGUAAAAUCAAAGGACCCAAAUUCAGCAUGCCAAGCAUUUCAGGACCAAAACUUAGUAUGCCAGAUGUGGAUUUCGGCAUGAAAGGACCCAAAAUAAAGGGAGAUGUCAAUGUGUCAGUUCCAAAGAUUGAGGGUGAAAUAAAAGCUCCCAAGGUUGAUAUCGAAGGACCAGAUGUUGACAUUGAGGGCCACAAAGGAGGAUUCAAAAUGCCUAAAAUGACAAUGCCAUCAUGGAACAUUAAAGGUCCUAAAAUGGAGGGUCCAGAUGUUGAUAUAAACCUUCCCAAAGCUAACAUCGAUGUGAAAGCACCUGACGUUGACAUCAAAGGUCCAGAGCUUGAUAUCAAAGGGCCAAAGGGUGGAUUUGACAUGCCUAAAAUCAAAAUGCCAUCAUUUGGCAUCAAAGGUCCAAAUGUGGAGGGUCCAGAUGUAGAUAUAAACCUGCCCAAAGCUAACAUUGAUGUGAAAGCUCCCGACCUUGACAUCAAAGGACCAGAUUUUAACAUUGAGAGUCCAAGUGGUAAAAUCAAAGGACCCAAAUUCAGCAUGCCAAGCAUUUCAGGACCAAAACUUAGUAUGCCAGAUGUGGAUUUCGGCAUGAAAGGACCCAAAACAAAGGGAGAUGUCGAUGUGUCAGUUCCAAAGAUUGAGGGUGAAAUAAGCUCCCCCAAGGUUGAUAUCGAAGGACCAGAUUUUGACAUUGAGGGCCACAAAGGAGGAUUCAAAAUGCCUAAAAUGACAAUGCCAUCAUGGAACAUUAAAGGUCCUAAAAUGGAGGGUCCAGAUGUUGAUAUAAACCUUCCCAAAGCUAACAUCGAUGUGAAAGCACCUGACGUUGACAUCAAAGGUCCAGAGCUUGAUAUCAAAGGGCCAAAGGGUGGAUUUGACAUGCCUAAAAUCAAAAUGCCAUCAUUUGGCAUCAAAGGUCCAAAUGUGGAGGGUCCAGAUGUAGAUAUAAACCUGCCCAAAGCUAACAUUGAUGUGAAAGCUCCCGACCUUGACAUCAAAGGACCAGAUUUUAACAUUGAGAGUCCAAGUGGUAAAAUCAAAGGACCCAAAUUCAGCAUGCCAAGCAUUUCAGGACCAAAACUUAGUAUGCCAGAUGUGGAUUUCGGCAUGAAAGGACCCAAAACAAAGGGAGAUGUCGAUGUGUCAGUUCCAAAGAUUGAGGGUGAAAUAAAAGCUCCCAAGGUUGAUAUCGAAGGACCAGAUUUUGACAUUGAGGGCCACAAAGGAGGAUUCAAAAUGCCUAAAAUGACAAUGCCAUCAUGGAACAUUAAAGGUCCUAAAAUGGAGGGUCCAGAUGUUGAUAUAAACCUUCCCAAAGCUAACAUCGAUGUGAAAGCACCUGACGUUGACAUCAAAGGUCCAGAGCUUGAUAUCAAAGGGCCAAAGGGUGGAUUUGACAUGCCUAAAAUCAAAAUGCCAUCAUUUGGCAUCAAAGGUCCAAAUGUGGAGGGUCCAGAUGUUGAUAUAAACCUGCCCAAAGCUAACAUUGAUGUGAAAGCUCCCGACGUUGACAUCAAAGGACCAGAUUUUAACAUUGAGAGUCCAAGUGGUAAAAUCAAAGGACCCAAAUUCAGCAUGCCAAGCAUUUCAGGACCAAAACUUAGUAUGCCAGAUGUGGAUUUCGGCAUGAAAGGACCCAAAAUAAAGGGAGAUGUUGAUGUGUCAGUUCCAAAGAUUGAGGGUGACAUAAAAGCUCCCAAGGUGGAUAUCGAAGGACCCAAUGUUGACAUCGAGGGCCACAAAGGAGGAUUCAAAAUGCCUAAAAUGACAAUGCCAUCAUGGAACAUUAAAGGUCCUAAAAUGGAGGGUCCAGAUGUUGAUAUAAACGUUCCCAAAGCUAACAUUGAUGUGAAAGCACCUGACGUUGACAUCAAAGGUCCAGAUUUUGAUAUCAAAGGGCCAAAAGGUGGAUUUGACAUGCCUAAAAUCAAAAUGCCAUCAUUUGGCAUCAAAGGUCCAAACAUCGAGGGUCCAGAUGUUGAUAUAAACCUGCCCAAACCUAACAUUGAUGUGAAAGCACCUGAAGUUGACAUCAAAGGUCCAGAGUUGGAUAUCAAAGGGCCUAAAGGUGGGUUUGAUAUGCCUGAAAUCAAAAUGCCAUCAAUAUCAGGACCCAAGCUGCCAGAUUGGGAUAUGAGUCUGAAAGGACCCAAAAUAAAGGGUGAUGUCUCAGCUCCAAAUAUUGAGGGAGAUUUAAAAACCCCUGAAGUCGAGAUCAAAGGUCCUAACAUUGACUUUGAAACUCCAGAUGUCCAGCUUAGUGGGCAAAAGAUGAAGUUACCAAAGAUAUCUGGACCGAAAAUAUCAUUGCCGGAUGUUGACAUCAAUCUGAAGGGGCCAAAGUUGAAGGGUGACUUGAAAGGGGAUGUUCAACUGCCAAAAGCUGAACUUGAGGGACCAGAUGUUACAAUUGAUGUUCCGGAUAUUGGCACAAAGAAAACUAAAUUUAAAAUGCCAAAAUUUGGAUUUAAGGGCUCAAAAAUAAAAGCCCCAGAAGCUGAUGUGAAAAUGGUUAAAGGAGAUAUCAGCAUCAAAGGGAAGACUGGUAGCUCUGAAGGUCUUGAUCUUGACCUGGGAUUGACUGGUCCAAAAACUAAAGGAUCGAAAUUCAAGAUGCCAAAAUUUGGUUUCAAAGGCCCAAAGGUUGAAAUGCCAGAAGUUGAUUUUAAUCUUCCUAAAGCUGACACUGAAAUAAAAUCCCCAGAUGUUGACAUUGAAGGACCACAUGUUAAAAUUGAGAAUCCAGAUGGCAAAGUAAAAGGAGCAAAACUCAAAAUGCCAACUAUCUCAGGACCAAACAUUUCCAUGCCAAAUGUGGAUUUCAAUCUGAAAGGUCCAAAACUCAAAGGUGAAAUGGAUGUGUCAUCUCCAAAGAUUGAAGGAGACAUAUCAAUACCUGAAGUCAACAUCAAAAGUCCAGAGUUUGAUAUCAAAGGGCCUAAGGGUGGAUUUGACAUGCCUAAAAUCAAAAUACCGUCAUUUGGCAUCAAAGCUCCAAACAUGGAGGGUCCAGAUGUUGAUAUAAACCUUCCCAAAGCUAACAUUGAUGUGAAAGCACCUGACGUUGACAUCAAAGGUCCAGAGUUUGAUAUGAAAGGGCCAAAAGGUGGAUUUGAAAUGCCUAAAAUCAAAAUGCCAUCAAUAUCAGGACCCAAACUGCCAGACUGGGAUAUGAGUCUGAGUGGGCCCAAAAUGAAGGGAGAUGUUGAUGUGUCAGUUCCAAAGAUUGAGGGUAAGAUAAAAGCUCCCAAGGUUGAUAUCGAAGGACCAGAUAUUGAAAUUGAGGGUCACAAAGGAGGCUUUAAAAUGCCUAAAAUGUCAAUGCCAUCAUGGAACAUUAAAGGUCCAAAAAUGGAGGGUCCAGACGUUGAUAUAAACCUUCCCAAAGCCAACAUUGAUGUGAAAGCACCUGAAGUGGACAUCAAAGGUCCGGAGUUUGAUAUCAAAGGGCCAAAAGGUGGAUUUGACAUGCCUAAAAUCAAAAUGCCGUCAUUUGGCAUCAAAGCUCCAAACGUGGAGGGGCCAGAUGUUGAUAUAAACCUUCCCAAAGCUAACAUUGAUGUGAAAGCACCUGAUGUUGACAUCAAAGGUCCAGAGUUUGAUAUCAAGGGACCAAAGGGUGGAUUUGACAUGCCUAAAAUCAAAAUGCCAUCUAUAUCAGGACCCAAAUUGCCAGAUUUGGAUAUGAGUCUGAGUGGGCCCAAAAUAAAGGGAGAUGUUGAUGUAUCAGUUCCAAAGAUUGAGGGUGACAUUAAAGCUCCCAGGGUCGAUAUCGAAGGACCAGAUAUUGACAUCGAUGGCCACAAAGGAGGAUUUAAAAUGCCAAAAUUUAAAAUGCCAUCCCUUGGACUAAAAGGUCCAACUGUUGAAGGGCCAGAAAUUGAUGUCAGCCUCCCAAAAGCUGAUAUCGAUAUUAAAGCCCCUGAGUUGGAUAUCAAAGGACCAGAUUUUGACAUUGAGAGUCCAAGUGGUAAAAUCAAAGGACCCAAAUUCAGCAUGCCAAGCAUUUCAGGCCCGAAACUGCACAUGCCAGAUGUGGAUUUCGGUCGUAAAGGGCCCAAAAUAAAGGGAGAUGUUGAUGUCUCAGUUCCAAAAAUUGAGGGUGACAUAAAAGAUCCCAAGGUUGAAAUCGAAGGACCCAAUAUUGACAUCGAGGGCCACAAAGGAGGAUUCAAAAUGCCUAAAAUGACAAUGCCAUCAUGGAACAUUAAAGGUCCAAAAAUGGAGGGUCCCGAUGUUGAUAUAAACCUUCCCAAAGCUAACAUUGAUGUGAAAGCACCUGACGUUGACAUCAAAGGUCCAGAGUUUGAUAUCAAGGGACCAAAGGGUGGAUUUGACAUGCCUAAAAUCAAAAUGCCAUCUAUAUCAGGACCCAAACUGCCAGAUUUGGAUAUGAGUCUGAGUGGGCCCAAAAUAAAGGGAGAUGUUGAUGUAUCAGUUCCAAAGUUUGAGGGUGAGAUAAAAGCUCCCAAGGUUGAUAUUGAAGGACCAGAUGUUGACAUUGAGGGCCACAAAGGAGGAUUUAAAAUGCCUAAAUUUAAAAUGCCAUCCUUUGGGCUGAGAGGUCCGAAUGUUGACGGGCCAGAAGUUGAUGUCACCCUCCCGAAAGCUGAUAUUGAUAUUAAAGCCCCUGAGUUGGAUAUCAAAGGACCAGAUUUUGACAUUGGGAGUCCAAGUGGUAAAAUCAAAGGUCCCAAAUUCAACAUGCCAAGUAUUUCAGGCCCGAAACUUCAUAUGCCAGAUGUGGAUUUCGGUCUUAAAGGUCACAAAGUUAAGGGAGAUGUCGAGGUGUCAGUUCCAAAGAUAGAGGGUGACAUAAAAGCUCCCAAAGUUGAUAUUGAAGGACCAGAUAUUGACAUCGAGGGCCACAAAGGAGGAUUCAAAAUGCCUAAAAUGACAAUGCCAUCAUGGAACGUGAAAGGUCCAAAAAUGGAAGGUCCAGAUGUUGAUAUAAACCUUCCCAAAGCUAACAUUGAUGUGAAAGCACCUGAUGUUGACAUCAAAGGUCCAGAGUUUGAUAUCAAGGGGCCAAAGGGUGGAUUUGACAUGCCAAAAAUCAAAAUGCCAUCAGUAUCAGGACCCAAACUGCCAGAUUGGGAUAUGAGUCUAAGUGGCCCAAAAAUGAAGGGAGAUGUUGAUGUAUCAGUUCCAAAGAUUGAGGGUGAGAUAAAAGCACCCAAGGUCAAUAUUGAAGGACCAGAUGUUGACAUUGAGGGCCAAAAAGGAGGAUUUAAAAUGCCCAAAUUUAAAAUGCCAUCCUUUGGACUGAGAGGUCCGAAUGUUGACGGGCCAGAAGUUGAUGUCACCCUCCCGAAAGCUGAUAUUGAUAGUAAAGCCCCUGAGUUGGAUAUCAAAGGACCAGAUUUUGACAUUGGGAGUCCAAGUGGUAAAAUCAAAGGACCCAAAUUCAGCAUGCCAAGCAUUUCAGGACCAAAACUUAGUAUGCCAGAUGUGGAUUUCGGCAUGAAAGGGCCCAAAAUAAAGGGAGAUGUUGAUGUGUCAGUUCCAAAGAUUGAGGGUGACAUAAAAGGUCCCAAGAUUGAUAUCGAACGACCAGAUAUUGACAUUGAGGGAAACAAAGGAGGAUUCAAAAUGCCUAAAAUGACAAUGCCAUCAUGGAACAUUAAAGGUCCAAAAUUGGAGGGUCCAGAUGUUGAUAUAAAUAUUCCCAAAGUUAACAUUGAUAUGAAAGCACCUGACGUUGACAUCAAAGGUCCAGAGUUUGAUAUCAAGGGGCCAAAGGGUGGAUUUGACAUGCCUAAAAUCAAAAUGCCAUCAUUUGGCAUCAAAGGUCCAAACAUGGAGGGUCCAGAUGUUGAUAUAAACCUGCCCAAAGCUAACAUUGAUGUGAAAGCACCUGAAGUUGACAUCAAAGGUCCAGAGUUUGAUAUCAAAGGGCCAAAAGGUGGAUUUGACAUGCCUAAAAUCAAAAUGCCAUCAAUAUCAGGACCCAAACUGCCAGACUGGGAUAUGAGUCUGAGUGGGCCCAAAAUGAAGGGAGAUGUUGAUGCGUCAGUUCCAAAGAUUGAGGGUCAGAUAAAAACUCCCAAGGUUGAUAUCGAAGGACCAGAUAUUGACAUUGAUGGUCACAAAGGAGGCUUUAAAAUGCCUAAAAUGUCAAUGCCAUCAUGGAACAUUAAAGGUCCAAAAAUGGAGGAUCCAGACAUUGAUAUAAACCUUCCCAAAGCCAACAUUGAUGUGAAAGCACCUGACGUGGACAUCAAAGGUCCGGAGUUUGAUAUCAAAGGGCCAAAAGGUGGAUUUGACAUGCCUAAAAUCAAAAUGCCAUCAAUAUCAGGACCCAAACUGCCAGACUGGGAUGUGAGUCUGAGUGGGCCCAAAAUGAAGGGAGAUGUGUCAGUUCCAAAGAUUGAGGGUCAGAUAAAAGCUCCCAAGGUUGAUAUUGAAGGACCAGAUAUUGACAUUGAGGGUCACAAAGGAGGAUUUAAAAUGCCUAAAUUUAAAAUGCCAUCUAUUGGGCUAAAAGGUCCAAAUGUUGAAGGGCCAGAAGUGGAUGUUACCCUCCCAAAAGCUGAUAUUGAUACUAAAGCCCCUGAUUUGGAUGUCAAAGGACCAGACUUUAACAUUGAGAGUCCAGGUGGUAAAAUCAAAGGACCCAAAUUCAGCAUGCCAAGCAUUUCAGGACCAAAACUACAUAUGCCAGAUGUUGAUUUCCAUCUCAAAGGGCCCAAAAUAAAGGGAGAUGUUGAUGUGUCAGUUCCAAAGAUUGAGAGUGACAUAAAAGCUCCCAAAGUUGAUAUCGAAGCACCAAAUGUUGACAUUGGGGGGCACAAAGGAGGAUUUAAAAUGCCUAAAAUGUCAAUGCCAUCAUGGAACAUAAAAGGUCCAAAAAUGGAGGGUCCAGACGUUGAUAUAAACCUUCCCAAAGCCAACAUUGAUGUGAAAGCACCUGAAGUUGACAUCAAAGGUCCAGAGUUUGAUAUCAAAGGGCCAAAGGGUGGAUUUGACAUGCCAAAAAUCAAAAUGCCAUCAAUAUCAGGACCCAAACUGCCAGAUUGGGAUAUGAAUCUCAGUGGGCCCAAAAUAAAGGGAGAUGCUGAUGUGUCAGUUCCAAAGAUUGAGGGUGAAAUAAAAGCUCCUGAAGUCGAUAUCGAAGGACCAGAUGUUCACAUUGAGGGCCAUAAAGGAGGAUUCAAAAUGCCUAAAUUUAAAAUGCCAUCCAUUGGGCUGAAAGGACCAAAUGUUGAAGGGCCAGAAAUUGAUGUCAGCCUGCCGAAAGCUGAUAUUGAUGUCCAUGCCCCUGAGGUGGAUAUCGAAGGACCAGAUAUUCACAUUGAGAGUCCAAGUGGUAAAAUCAAAGGACCCAAAUUCAGCAUGCCAAGCAUUUCAGGACCCAAACUUUCAAUGCCAGAUGUGGAUUUCCAUCUGAAAGGUCCAAAAAUAAAGGGAGAUGUGAAUAUGUCAGUUCCAAAGACUGAGGGUGAAAUAAAAGCUCCCAAGGUUGAUAUCGAAGGACCAGAUGUUGACAUUGAUGGCCACAAAGGAGGAUUCAAAAUGCCUAAAAUGACAAUGCCAUCAUGGAACAUUAAAGGUCCAAAAAUGGAGGGUCCAUAUGUUGAUAUAGACCUUCCCAAAGCUAACAUUGAUGUGAAAGGACCUGAAGUUGACAUCAAAGGGCCAAAGGGUGGAUUUGACAUGCCUAAAAUCAAAAUGCCAUCAUUGAACAUUAAAGGUCCACAAAUGGAGGGUCCAGAUGUUGAUAUAAAUCUUCCCAAAGCUAACAUUGAUGUCAAAGCACCUGCAGUUGACAUCAAAAGUCCAGAGUUUGAUAUCAAAGGGCCAAAAGGUGGAUUUGACAUGCCUAAAAUCAAAAUGCCAUCAAUAUCUGGACCCAAACUGCCAGACUGGGACAUGAGUCUCAGUGGGCCCAAAAUAAAGGGAGAUGUUGAUGUAUCAGUUCCAAAGGUUGAGGGUGAGAUAAAAGCUCCCAAGGUCGAUAUUGAAGGACCAGAUUUUGACAUCGAGGGCCACAAAGGAGGAUUUAAAAUGCCUAAAUUUAAAAUGCCAUCCUUUGGGCUGAGAGGUCCAAAUGUUGAAGGGCCAGAAGUUGAUGUCAGCCUCCCGAAAGCCAAUGUUGAUAUUAAAGCCCCUGAGUUGGAUAUCAAAGGACCAGAUUUUGACAUUGAGAGUCCAAGUGGUAAAAUCAAAGGAGCCAAAUUCAGCAUGCCAAGUAUUUCGGGACCCAAACUCUCCAUGCCAGAUGUGGAUUUACAUCUGAAAGGGCCCAAAAUAAAGGGAGAUGUUGAUGUGUCAGUUCCAAAGAUUGAAGGUGAAAUAAAAGCUCCCAAGGUUGAUAUCGAAGGACCAGAAGUUGAUAUCGAGGGCCACAAAGGAGGAUUCAAAAUGCCUAAAAUGACAAUGCCAUCAUGGAACAGUAAAGGUCCAAAAAUGGAGGGGCCAGAUGUUGAUAUAAACCUUCCCAAAGCUAACAUUGAUGUGAAAUCACCAGAAGUUGACAUGAAAGGUCCAGAGUUUGAUAUCACGGGGCCAAAGGGUGGAUUUGACAUGCCUAAAAUCAAAAUGCCAUCAUUUGGCAUUAAAGGUCCAAAAGUGGAUGGUCCAGAUGUAGAUAUAAACCUUCCCAAAGCAAAUAUUGAUGUAAAUGCACCCGACAUUGCUCUUAAAGGGCCAGACAUUGAUAUUGAAGGCCCUAACGCAAAACUUAGAGGACCCAACAUCAAAGGUCCUACAAUAAAGGGGGAUGUGGAUGUGUCAGUUCCAAAGAUUAAGGGUGACAUAAAAGCUCCAAAGGUCAAUAUUGAAGGACCAGAUAUUGACAUUGAGGGUCACAAAGGAGGAUUUAAAAUGCCUAAAUUUAAAUUUCCGUCCUUUGGGGGUAAAGGUCCACAUGUUCAAGGGCCAGAAGUUGAUGCCAGCUUCCCAAAAGCUGAUAUCCAUAUGAAAGCCCCUGAAUUAGAUAUCAAAGGACCAGAUUUUGACAUUGAGAGUCCAAGUGGUAAAAUCAAAGGACCCAAAUUCAGCAUGCCAAGCAUUUCGGGACCCAAACUUUCCAUGCCAGAUGUGGAUUUACAUCUGAAAGGGCCCAAAAUAAAGGGAGAUGUUGAUGUGUCAGUUCCAAAGAUCGAGGGUGAUAUAAAAGCUCCCAAGGUUGAUAUCGAAGGACCACAUGUUGACAUCGAGGGCCACAAAGGAGGAUUCAAAAUGCCUAAAAUGACAAUGCCAUCAUGGAACAGUAAAGGUCCAAAAAUGGAGGGUCCAGAUGUUGAUAUAAACCUUCCCAAAGCUAACAUUGACAUAAAUGCACCUGACAUUGAUCUGAAAGGGCUAGAUAUUGAUAUUGGAGGUUCAGAAGCAAAAAUCAAAGGAUCAAAAUUCAAGCUGCCAUCAAUAUCAGGGCCCAAGCUGCCAGAUUGGGAUAUGAGUCUGAAAGGGCCCAACAUGAAGGGAGAUGUUGAUGUGUCAAUUCCAAAGAUUGAAGGAGACAUAAAAGCUCCCAAGGUGGAUAUUGAAGGACCAGAAGUUGAUUUAAGCCUUCCCAAAACAAAUAUUGAUGUGAAAGUACCUGAAUUUGACAUUAAAGGACCAGAGAUUGACAUUGAAGGAGCUAAUGCAAAACUGAAAGGGCCUAAAUUCAACAGGCCAGAUAUGGAUUUCAAUCUGAGAGGUCCCACGCUCAAAGGUGAUGUGGAUGUAUCAGUGCCAAAGAUAGGGGGAGACAUACAAACACCCAACGUUGACAUUAAAGGUCCAGAGGUCAAUUUUAAAGGGCCUAAGGGUGGAUUUGAAAUGCCUAAAAUUACAAUGCCAUCAUUUAACAUUAAAGGUCCAGAAGUGGAGGGUUCAGAUGUUGAUAUAAAACUUCCCAAAGGAAACAUUGAUGUUAAAGCACCUGAUGUUGAUAUCAAGCUAAAAGGGCCUAAAGUCAAAGGAAAGAUGGAUGCAACAGUGCCCAAAUUGGAAUCAGAUAUUAAAGGUCACAAUGCUAACAUUGCAGGACCCACCAUCACUACGGAAGGUGUGUCUAUUGAUCCUGAAAAGACAGGUGUUACAUUUCCCAAGUUCAAAGGUCCUAAGUUUGGAAUGAAAUCCCCAGAAGUAGAGGGGAAGACACCCAUGUUCAAUGUGGGAGCAAAAGGUUCUAAAACAGAAAUUAAUCUUCCAGAUACAGAAGCAAGUCUUGAUGCCCCUGACAUUGACAUCAAUGUAAAAGGGAAAACAGGGAAAUUCAAACUUCCUAAAGUCAAAGGAAAGGCAAAGAAGACUGAUGUUCACAUAGAAACACCAGCAGUAGACCUGGAUGUAGACACUCCUGAUAUUCAUGUCAAAGGAAAAAAGGUAAAGAAGCCGCUUUUUGGUAAGCUUCAUUUUCCUGAUGUGGAAUUUGAUAUCAAAUCACCAAAAUUGAAAGGUGAUGGAUCUAUAUCAGAGGGAUUCAAAUCACCUGACAUAGAUUUACCAUCUGCUAGCUUGAACACUGCUAUUGAAGGAUCUGGUAUUGACAGUCCAAAUUUGGGAGGGAAAGAUCUGAAAUUAAAGACUCCCAAUAUUAAAAUGCCAAAUGUGAGUGUGUCCACUCCUGAUAUUGAAACAAAUCUAAACAGACAAGGAGAGGCAAACAUGUCUGCAGGUUUUAAAGGCCCAAAAAUAAAUGUGAAAGGUGGUGCAGAGAUUGAUGCAAGUGCUUCAGGGGGCAGUGAAAGUGGUGACCUUCAUUACCCAGAAGGUACUGUAACAUUUCCCAAAAUCAAGGUACCAAAAUUUGGUAUUGCUCUGCCUCAGUUGGAAGGCCAGGGAGGUGGAGGGAAUGUUGAAUCAGCUAGUGGAGGCAUGAGCAUACAGUCUCCAGCUGUUAGUUGCCAAGUCAGUGCACAAAAUAUUGAGGUUCCCAGUCCAGAACUGAAGCAUAGAGAAGGUAAAAUAAAGGGAAAGAUGCCAAAACUGUUUGGCAACUCAAAAGCAAAAGGCAGUAGUGCAGGUGAUCUUCGGGGACCAAAGGUAGAAUUGAGUAAGGUACAUACUGCAGAACUGAAGGGUGGAAAAUUAGAAUUAGAGGGUGAUCCUGGGCUCAGUGUGUCAACUAAAGGCAAGUCAGCCUCACUGGAUCUAUUUCAGAAAACAAGGCAUCUGUCUUCUUCUCUGCAUGAUGAGGGGGGGCUUGCAGUUAGUUCUCCAUCUCACUUAGAAGUUGAGGGUGGCGACAUUUCAUUAGACCUAGGAGGAAGCAAGGUCAAAGGAAAGAAAGGCAAGUUGAAGUUUGGCACCUUUGGAGGUUUUGGUUCAAAGUCAAAGGGCUCAUAUGAGGUGUCACUUGGUGAGGAGGGUGAAGCAGGUGCAGGUGUUUCUCUUCCCUCUAAAAAAUCGAGAUUGUCUUCAUCUUCUAGCAGUGACAGUGGUUCAAGAGCUGGUUUCAGGUUCCCAAGACUUGAACUAUCUGUUUCACCAAAAAAAUGAUUAAUUAUGAGGUAAAUUAAACUUUCUCAUGUACCCCCAAAUACACUCUCCUAAUAUGCCAUCUAUAGAUCUUUAAAACCUAAGGGAACGUACAUAGUCAUUUCAAUAUCGUUAACUAUGAGUAAUUCUUUUUUCAGUAAUUAUACAGGAGUGCAUGAGAUUGUUUAAAAUCCCUUCAAACUGUAAAUAAGAUUAAUUUGUAUUGUAAUAAUAAAUGAUUUUUGUACAUAGUCCAGAUUUAUUGAACAUAUGCCAUCUUAACAAAUUUUCAUAAAUAGUUUAUUACAGGGUUUGUCAUUUUUUCCUAUUUCAUUCUAUUAAAUGAAUUUUAUAAAUGAACGGGUGUGGUAUAUUUGUAUUCAGGGGUCUAUUGCACAGGAUCGUUAAAAUUGUUAUUUUGAAGGACAAUGUUUAUACAAGACACAAAUAUAAACAGUUAUCAGUUUUUUAUGAAUGAAAUUAUUUUAUUUUCAAGCUUUAUCGUUAUAUAAUCAGUGUAGGAGCAUAUUUAGGCAACAUAGAGAUGGCCCCAUGUAACACAUGCUAAAGAUUAAUGGUGUUGUAUACAACAUAAUUGCAAAGACAACCACUGUUUGGAAACCAUCAACUCUCUAAAGUGCUGUCAGUAUGUUUCUGUUCAUAUUUUAAGAAACCUUAUUCUGUGACAUUUACCAAAAUAUGCAUUGUUUCAUUAGUUUUUAACAUGUUUUGCUUCCUAAUCCUGUCAUUUACAUUUUUACCUGUUUUAUGAUCCUCUGUAUUUUAUUUUUCUGUCACUCUCUCUUUUUACACACACAUGAUAAUGUUAACAAAAUCACAAAUAAUCUGUCACUUUUUGAUUUCAAGAAUCUGAGUUGAUAGAGAGUUGCAUAGUUUUGAUCAGAUAUGAUGGAGAUAAAGCAUGAUUCUUCUUUUGUGUGCAUUUUGCCAAAUAAACUAAACAAAAUGA